ACUUGCAGGCAGGCAAACCCAUGCGAAAACCAUGGCACUUGCAUAGUUAAGGAGAAUCGAGUACACUGUGAAUGCGCCAAAGGAUUCACUGGAGUUAAUUGUACAGAAACCGAUAUGUGCAUCAGUCAUUUCUGUGCAAAUAACUCGACCUGCAAAAAUGGACCAAAUAAGACCUACAAGUGUGAAUGUCAAGAAAACACAGUCGGCACCUAUUGUGAAUUCAUUUGUGAACCCAAUCAGUGCUCGGGGAAUGGAACGUGCAUAAUGCGAAUUGAUGGUAAGGUUGGGUGUAAAUGUAAUCCAGGUAUGACAGGACCACGAUGUGACAAAGGUUUGAUUAUUACUACUUCUGGUUAUGAAUUUCGGUAUUAUGAUUCUUUACGAAAUGACUUUGUAACCAAUGUCCCUCUUGAUUAG